CCCGCCCCCUGCUAUCUGUGGUGGUGAAGGAAGGCUCUGCACAUUGUACAUCUGCUCCUGCAGCUCACAAAACAGAGGGAGUGCAGGAAAGGAGGUCCAAUCAAGACUUGCCUACGUGCAGCAAUUCUACUCUUCAGAAAUGUAAAUACAUCACACACAAAAAAAAGAGGAUCCAGUGAGUUUGUCCUUCCCCAGUUAUGUGCUCAGAACUAAGAAGAUGACAUACUGGAUUUGAGCGUGCUUCAUAACAAUGCCAUGCUGAUGUUGCACAUUGUCUGGUCUAACUACAAGGCACAAGUCAGACAGACAGUGGGCUAACUCACUGCCUUAAUAGACUGCAAGAAUUCUCCUUACUCAGUUUUACAACUUCUUUUUUGCAGUAAAUAGUGACGACCUAUGGCGCUGUUAACACAAAGGACCUGCUAAAUGCCAAUAGGAGAGUUCGGAAUAAAAUAUUUUCUUAAAAGAAAAGAACUGUCUUUUUGGUAUUUACUACUUGGAACUGAUACCUGGGCAUCAAGCACUUGAAAGUCUCUGACAAGAGAGCUACAGUGAUUUACACAGAGGAGAGAUUGGAGUUUCUGAUAACAAUCACUCUGGUGAGAUGCUACACUUCACACAGGCAUUUUGUGCAGUUAAAGAGCAGAGACAAGAAAGUUGAGGGUAAGGACGACCGUACUGGCCACAGCAAUCUGAGGGCAUACACCUAUAAACACGAUGAAGAAACUGACUCUUAUAGUCUUCUUUGCACUGGUCAAGUCAGCAGUCAGUGUUGACAAAGUGGAGGAAUUUCAGUCGAAUGAGGAAAACAAUGAGCAGGAGUUCAUUUACACAAACAGAUACAAACGUGCCACAGUGUCGAUGGAAAACAAGUGCUCAUAUACCUUCAUUGUUCCCCAGCAGAAGGUUACAGGCGCAAUCUGUGUGAACUCAAAACCUGAAUCGGUUGUGGAGAGCAGGGUCAAUAAACAAGAGCUGGAGGUGCUCAACAAUGAACUGCUGAAACAGAAAAGACAGAUUGAGAGCUUGCAGCAGCUUGUCGAGGUAGAUGGUGGGGUUGUUAAUGAAGUGAAGCUCCUGAGAAAGGAGAGUCGCAACAUGAACUCUCGAGUCACUCAGCUGUACAUGCAGCUCCUACACGAGAUCAUACGGAAGCGAGACAACGCACUCGAAGUCUCCCAUCUCGAGAACAAGAUUCUUAACCAGACGGCAGAGAUGAUGCAGCUUUCCAACCGCUACAGGGACCUGGAGCACAAGUACCAGCACUUGGCAUCGCUGGCAAACAAUCAAACUUAUCUCAUUGCACAGCUGGAGGCAAGGUGCCAACUGCUGCCAGCUGCCAAACCCAUGCAGCCACCACCUCCGAAACGCAAAAUCAACCUCAUUACAAACAAUGAGAUCCAACGAGAUCAGAAUCAUCAGGACAGACGACAACUGGCACAAAACCUACUGCCAACCAUGCCACCUCUUCCUUCCAACAUGCCCUCUGCAAAUACACCUUCUGGGCCAUGGAAAGACUGUUUAGAAGCCUCCGAGGCUGGCAACGAAGCCACUGGUAUCUACCUGCUGAAACCGGAGAACACAAACCGUCUUAUGCAGGUCUGGUGUGACCAAACGCAUGAUCCCGGUGGUUGGACAGUCAUCCAGAGACGACAAGACGGAUCGGUGAAUUUCUUCCGUAAUUGGGAGGUUUACAAGCAAGGGUUCGGAAACAUCGAUGGGGAGUACUGGCUUGGUCUGGAAAACAUUUACUGGUUGACAAACCAAGGGAAUUACAAGCUAUCAAUCACCAUGGAGGACUGGCAGGGACGGAAGGUAUUUGCUGAAUAUGCCAGCUUCAGACUGGAGUCCGAGGCUGACAAUUACAAGCUUCGGUUGGGACGUUACCAUGGAAACGCUGGUGAUUCCUUUACUUGGCACAAUGGAAAACAGUUUACUACACUGGACAGAGAUCGUGAUGCAUACACAGGUAACUGCGCGCACUAUCAGAAAGGUGGCUGGUGGUACAAUGCCUGUGCACAUUCAAACCUCAAUGGUGUAUGGUACCGUGGUGGACAUUAUCGUAGCAAGUACCAGGAUGGAGUGUACUGGGCGGAGUUCAGAGGAGGUGCUUACUCUCUGAAGUCUGUUACUAUGAUGAUUAGACCCAAUCCUAACACUUUCCAUUGAAAAAGAACUAGGUGUCUUGGAACACUCAGAAGUAGGAAUGAACAAUAGCACUCUGUAUAUGAAAUCCGCCUUAAAAUCAACAUAUGUACCAAGCUGUGCUUAUUCUUCGAGAUGGAAAGAAAAAUACUUCUAUGUAUUUAUUUCAUUCAAAAAGUACAAAUUUGUAAUGUCAUGUAUACAAACAUUUUUCUCACGUAACAUCAAUUUUCUCGUGAAAGUGCCGAGUUCACAGUAUUUGUACUUGCAGUCUUAAAAUAUAGUAUUGUAAUAAAAUGCCAGUGUGUUUGGGAGGAUGUAUUCAAUCAAAAACGUGCAUUGAAAGAGCAAUCUGGUAAAUUCCUCGGAUACAGCAAACUGCAGGCCUAUGCAAUAUUUGUGUCUCACAGCAGGAUUUCAUUUGUUCCAGUAUUCUGACGCAGGAAAGGAGUUCUGAUGAAUCUAUGGGUAUGUGUUGUACUCUAGAAACUCGGCUCCGAGAAUUUCCACAGAUGAAUAUUUCUUUAAAAAUUGUCAAAUUAAGAGUGCAUGCUAAAAUGUUUUCAAUUUUUAAACAUGGAUAGAUGUUGAAAAAAGCAAAAUGGUCAUGCGCACCCAAAACGAUCUCUUCUCAAAUUCUGCUGGUCACUUCGCCUACUGACCACUCCCAAGCAUGGAGUCAAAAUUUUCAAAAAAAAAACAGAGGGGCAAAAAAAAUAAGUGAACUAUGAGGUAAAUGUGCAACUUUAGAUAGCUUUGCAUCUCAGAAACAUGUGGGAAUUCAAAUGUGUGCCAUCUUCUAGCUGGUAGCAUUAGGAAUGUGUUCCACUGUCCCCAAGAUGUAAUAAUCCUGGUUUACAACCUUCAUGUCUGCUCAGACCAAUGAAGGGCACAAUUUAUUCCACUGUCAAGGAGCAACUUUGCAGCUUUCGGAGGUCAAACCAUUGCCCAAUUUGCAUGACGAGACACCAGCAUGACACAGCAUUUGAGGGGGAAUAAAAAGAGAAUGAUCUCGUGUGAUAAGGAAAGAACAUUGGCCCUAAAAUUCACAAUGUGGUCACCAGUGUAAUAGCCAGCACAUUGACGUGAAAUUUCUCCUUCCCUUAUUUAAGUGGAGGCAUUAGCACAUUCUUGUAAACCCAGUGAAAUUAAGCCAUUUUAAGAAGGGGGUCAUUUUUCCAGUGAAAGUAAUACAAGGCAUUUCACAACACAUUAAGCAUUCACAAUGGGAUGUUCCAUCACAAUCUCCCAUCCUUACUUUUCUUGGGGGGGUGGGAGUGGGGGAGGGGUUAGGGAUGGAUGGAGGCAAUUGAAUUAUUAUUUUGGGAUUGCAGCUUGAAAACUUAAGACAAUGGGAAUGAUUGUGUGCGUGUUUGUGUACGUAUAUGUUUUAAUUCUCAAUUUUCUAUCUUUUGUCCAUUGAUUUAAGAAUCUUCUACAGGUAAAUGAAUAUAGCCAUAAAUAUUUGGGGUGUGGGAUGGGGGUGGGUGGAGAAUGGGCUGCACACCCUUUUUUAUUUAUGCAAUUACUCAUAGUACUUUAUUAUAGUAGUUUGACUGCAUUCUUGUGUACACCUUCCCUAUGUCUUACUAGCUGUUAACAGCCUGUAAAAUACACUUUGUGACUCAAACUUUGAGGCUUCAUUGUAGAGUCAACAAAAAAAACAUAUUGCUAUUGGCAGAAAAAGAGUUUUGUCUUUUACAACAUUGUCUUGACAGUUUCAAUAUAAUCUUUAACUGCUGCAAUAAAUGUACUUAAAAUAA